GAGGCACAUAUUUCAGUUCUAAUUAUGAGUAUCUGCAGAUCCUGUGUGAGGAACUAAAUCAAAUCGAACGUCAAAAACUUGCAAGGCGCUAUUUACGAAAUUUUGAAGCUAUAACCGAAGAAGAAGAAAUAAUCAUAGAGAUGUUUAAGGAACUGAUUGACAACGAGCAGUCCUCAUUCAUAAGAAAUUAUGUUGCUGAAGACACCCAUACAAUUCGAAACAUCACCCCAAUAAUAUUAAACCUUUCUUUAAAAAUAAUAAAAGAAUUACCUUUGAAGGCGAAUAAGAUGUUGGAAUCAUCGACAAUCGCAAAAAGACGUUUUGAUUCUGAACAUUUGGAUCUUAUCUCCCUUGGGAAAAUGAUGACAUGUGCGAUAGAUAAAUCUAUCAAAGACAGUGCAUAUGACCUGGUUAUAUGUGGCAUGCAGGUUAUCGGUAAAUACAUUUUGGUUCUUGGGAAGAGCCUAUGUGAUGGACCUCCGGUUCGAAGGGAUCUACUGCAUGAUAUUAAUUGGAGAGUUCGAGCUUCCAAGGGGUUCCACAUCAUGGGAUACUGCCUUGCAGUACUAUUGAGUCUUGAGCAUAAUUUGAUCAAUAAUGGGGUCACAUCGUAUCAGACCGCAAUAAGAAUGAACAAACAAUCAAAAUCAAGCAUGAUGAUCAAGCCAAUGUUUCAUAGUCCAACGAAG